UCAAAUAUCCAAAACACUGGUAAAUGUCUACUUGUCAAAUAAAUCAACGCAGUAUUUUCUUAACAAUUUUUCAUUUGAUUGCGAAACUGUUUAUAAAAGGCAAAUACGGAAGCAGCAAAAAGCAUAAUAAAGGAAUGAAGAUGAGCUUCAUGGACACAUAAACUGUAUUAAAUUAGAAAAAAGCACAAGUGACAUUUUAAAAUAGAAAAACUAUCCACCGCUCUUAUAAACUACAUUCUGUAUCAAUUUACUAUACUUCAAGUGAACACAAUCCAAAGUCUGCAUGAUACAGGAAAAAGCAACAAUAUAUGAUUGGAAUUUUCUCAUGAAAACUGUCAAUACAAAUAAAAUUCCAUUUCAUAGUUAUGGAGGAUAGUCUGAGCGUGAAAUCAAACGAAUCCAUAGCCACGAGCGAGGAAUUUGUUUUUAUUGGAGACAAACCAGGUGCAAGCAAAACACCAACACUGGAUUUCAAAAAUGGUGAUUUGAAUGAACUGACAAAUGCAUUGACCGAAGUUUUGCAAGAACCAGAUAGCAAUAUGAAUGAAGACAGCAAUUUUAACAUCACAGAUGUGUUGGUUGAAGGAAGAAAGAAAACAGGUCAAAAUGUUUUUUGUGGCAGUCCCGUAGAGCCUGGCAAAGACCCAUUAAGCCAAGAUGGAUUGAGCCCCACUGAGAAGCAGGAUUCUAUGAAGCCUGUAAAUAGCUCUGAGGAUGAGGGCAGUAAUGUGGACCAAGAGUGUACCAUUUUCUCGGGUGUGACAUAUCUCGGAGCCGCUGCCAUUAAUGCACCAAAGUCUGAACCGGAAAUCCAAAGAAAUAUGGCCAUCUUGAACGAACAGAGCACUGAACAGGGGAUCAAAGUAUCCAUUUCGGUGCCGUCUUCUUCUCAAGGAUUGGUCGUUUUAUAUGACGCCAACACACACUCAGUCAUUUCGCGGUAUGAGAUCCAACGUAUAUUGUUCUAUGCUCGAGGGCAAGUGGAUGGACCAGAGGCAGGUUGUUUUGCUUUCACGUGGUCGCAUGGGGACACUCAAGAGUCGGCCAUAUUUCAGUGCCAUGUGUUCAGAUGCGACAUUUCAGAAGCUGUAUCCAGAGUUUCAUCUUGUUUUGCAAAAGCCUUCCAAAGGGUUCCGCGUUCUAUGAGCAGUUCUGUGGCAUCUGUAGCUGAUAUGAUGGGUUGUGUCUCGAGCGUCGUGGAACCGAGAACCCUCAUGUAUGUCUUCGAAGUCAACUUGGAGAUCAAAGAAGAAGAUGGAAAGGGGUCCUUUAACACGGUUGGUAAAGAUAAAAAUGGCUUCAAACUAAAGACAAACCUGCAGAAACAGAUUUGUUUGGUCAUAAAGCAAGUGUCUGAAAAUGGUGCACAGCUAUUUAUCGAAAGGUGCUUUGGUUUGUUGGUGGCAGCUGGUAGACAUGUCAAACAUUCAGAUAUGCAGCUAUUAGAAAUGGAGGAGCAAUUAGGUUCUAACGCAACAGCGUCCCAUGAACGUAACUGCACCAUAAUAUCAGCAACUUGGGACCCUACAGAGGCUUCAUUUGAGCCUUUGAAUACAGAGACAUCUAAGGACGUUAAACAGUAUAUGACUGUUGCUGUGGAUCUAGUCAUAAGGGGGAUAAGGGAACCAGUGAGAUUCCUUAUUGAGACUCCUGUGAGAGUGUACGUGCAGAAUGAAAGGAAUUUUUGGUAUUUUCAAAGGAAAACUUUGACGCAGCAGUUCUAUUUAAAUUUAAAAGAGGUUGUAUCUGAUCUCAAUGACAUAUAUUACGAGGUAUUGAAUAUGGAAACUUCAGGCGAACUUGAUAGGAAUCUACUUAAUCUAAACCUGAAAAACUUCUCUAGUCUGAUACCUUCACCAAGUAUCACCUCUAUCGACACCUUGACACCUAAGGAAGAAUACUACUCAGAUGGAGAUGAACCACUGCUCAGCGGGACUGGCCUAGUGUCCAAAGAUUGUUCAGAAGACGUUCUGGAAAGCUGGGCAGACGUUCUGGGCAGGUGGAAGUCUACGAAACAACGACCUCGCCAACUGGCUGGCUUGGUGAAGUUGGGAGUUCCAGAAGCUCUGAGAGGCGAGGUUUGGCAACGAUUAGCGGGUGUAGAGGAGGGAGCUGAGAUUAUGGAAAGAUACAGGGUGCUUAUUACAAAGGAAUCAAGCUGUGAGAACGUCAUCCAAAGAGAUAUCGCAAGAACAUUCCCAGCUCAUGAUUUUUUCAAAGAGGCUGGGGGAUUGGGACAAGACUCACUAUACAGGGUCAGCAAGGCUUAUUCAGUAUAUGAUUCAGAAGUUGGCUACUGUCAAGGACUCAGUUUCUUAGCAGCAACUCUUCUUUUACAUAUGCCCGAAGAACAAGCGUUCUGCGUUCUAGUCAAGUUAAUGUACGACUACCGUCUCAGGGACCUCUAUAAAGACGGUUUUGACAACUUGUACCUGCGUCUGCACCAACUGAACAAACUGAUGGAAGAACAUCUGGACACCCUGUGGAUACAUUUCGAAAACCACCAUGUGGAGACGCACAUGUUUGCCUCUCAAUGGUUUUUAACAUUGUUCACUGCUAGGUUCCCCCUCUACUUCGUGUUUCAUAUCAUCGACGUAUUCUUGUUGCAAGGCGUGGAUACCUUGUUUCAAGUGGCACUAGCAUUGUUAAUGUGGUGCAAAAAGGAUCUCUUACAACUAGACUUCGAGGGUAUCUUGAAGUACUUUAGGGUUUCUCUUCCUAAGAAAUGUAGGUCAGAAGAAGCUGCUAAACAGCUUAUAAAACUUGCAUGCAGUAUUAAAGUGAAAAAGCUGAAGAAGUACGAAGCAGACUUUAUGGCACUUAAAGACGGCUGGGAAAUUAUCAGUUUGGAUUCAGAGGCUGUUGAACACAAAGAAAACGAAGCAUCGGAGGUGGAACAGUUGCGAGUGACCCUUAGCAGGUAUGAAGAAGAAAGGAAAAUGAUGAUGGACGAGAUCAGUCAGCUGAAAGAUAUGCUGAAACGGGAGGUUAAUCAGGCUGAUACGGAGAAGAAAAACGACACUGCAAUGAUCAAUGAUUACAAAUUGAUCAGACAGAGAUUGGAUGCACAGUUGAGGACUGUCAAGGCAGAGAUGGAAGAUCUAACGGCUAAGAUUACGAUAAGUUGUGAGAAAUGCUCAGAAUUUCUUAAGAAAGACGAAAAGGAUCCGUUAAAAAGACCAGCCGAUCCAAUAAAAGGAGAAGAAAGGAUAAGAGAGCUGGAACUGGAAUUGGCGCAGACCAAACUAGCUCUUGUAGAGGCAGAGUGCAGGAAUCAGAACCUCACCCACCAGCUACGAGCAGCCGAAAUAGAACUCCAAACAACCAAAAACAGUUGGCCGCCUUGGCUGAGUAAGACUCUCACCUCCAUAAAGGAGGUGACAAACAAGAAGGACUUUCCAAACUUCAACGUCUCCCAGUCUGGUUUACCGAACACCAACCCUACUUUCAUCUCACACAUCAACGCAGUCAGAAGGGAAAGUCUGCCCAUAAAAAAAGACAAAAUCACAGAGAACAGGCGGGAUUCAGCGCCACCUGUCAUCAAGGAUUCGCAUAGUUGCACUAGUCUGAAAACGCAUCAUUGAAGUACGUUUCAGUUUUUAUUCCCCUCCAGUCUUUCUGUUGAUUUUAUUGGAAGAGUCGAGUCUGUAUGCGGAUGAGUGCCUAAUGAGAGAUGAGUUACUAUAAGAUUCUGAGCUAGCUGGAUUUCUGUUAAAAUUUUGGUUUUGUCGUAAAAUUACCUUGAGAAAAUAUCUGGUUCGAUUCGUGGAUUUAUGUUGACAUAUCUUGAGCAGCUCAGGAAGUUGGCCAAUAGAGACCUUUACAGUAUGCUGGGCUAUAAAAUGAUUUCCUGAAACGCAUCACUUAUAUCAUUACGACUCUUGCAUUUUCAAAGUAAACGUUUGUAUUAUUGGGUGAUUGUGUAGCCACUACAAUCACCGGAUUUGACACCCGUUGAUUUCUCGCUUGAGGUAUCUGUGACGGUGGAAGUGAACGUGCUACGCUUCAGCGUUUAUGCAAAAUGCGAUGAACAGGUUCUAUGAAUACGUGCAAUGAUACGUCAUCCUCAUUAAAUAAAAUCGGCCCUUGUGCUGCUUGAUUUUCGAUGAAGGCAUGUUUGCUAAAAUAUCUAGUAUUUCAUUUAAUUUAGAAAUCCUUAAUCAUCUCUAGAAAACCCUGUACACGUGACUUUAAUUGUUUUACAAAAAAAUAUGAUAUCCUGAAAACAAUAAUUUAGCAUCCGCAUCUUCUAGAAAAAAGAACGAGGUUCAGUCAUUGCUGCUCAUUAUUUAAUUUCAUAAUAGGAGAAUAAAGAUUUCAACAAAAAUCCAGCUUGAACGAAUCGGUUAGUAUUAGUUUUAUGUUUAUUUACAAAAUGAAAAAUAAUUAGGCACCAUCUGUCACCAAACAUUCACAGUUGCACCGAUUGCAGGCGCGUGCCAUCGAAGUAUAUUUCGAUUUUAAUCUCUUUCCAGUUUCAUAUUUGUUUUGAUGAACACUGUUUAUUUUGUGUGUGUUUCAAGUUGAAAUGUGUUUAUCUAACCUGGAUAAUAUUUAGUUCAAUGUUACACAAGGCAGCGCAAGUUUUUAAUUGAUUUCAAGAGUAGCAGUGUUUCGACAUGUGGAACAAUUCAUUAUCGAAAUGUUUUUUGCUUAGAUUAGUAAAAUUGACGACACAUCUUCUGUAUGUUUCCUGGGUUUGUUUUUCUCGAAUCAAAUGGACAUUUAUUGGCUGAAUAAGGUGAAUUGGACAUGCAUAGAGUAUGCUACCAUACGUGUAACAGCAAGUGUAAAUGUAAACAUUCACAUCAUAAUACCACCAAAAUGUUGUGUGAGCUUUGUGGUUUGGUAACGUGGGGGACAAAAAGCUGUAAACUUGACAGUAACAUGUUUAACAGAAGUAAAACAUGAUCAUGGGAUUACAAUGUAAAAGAUAAUUAUCUAGCCUUGGUGGCCUUUGGGCAAGAUGCAGUAAGCAGUGCGACAUACUUACGAGAGCAUGUGCAUACAGUCGUUCAAGAUAAACAUUUGGAUUCUGAGCUAUGGACAGAAUAAAUUCAGUAGGCUCAGUAAAUUCUGUGUGUACUCUUUAGCCUCACUGCCUAUCGUACGUCUUUCGACCGAUGUUUUCGUGUUGCAAAAUAUGUUCGAAAAAUAGUCGAGGAUAUACAUACAUCCUGUUUAUGUCAGAACAUUUCCAACAUUGGCAUGUUAUUCCUGUUAUGCUUCAAAAAAAAAAUACGUAUACAUUUUUAGCAGACUUUAGAUUAGAAACUUGAUUUUUGGAAACAUGUUUUCCUAGUGACGUCUUAGAAGUGUCAGUUGACAUUUCACGAUGCACGGAACUUUGCAGUUUACAAGCUUUUAUGACUGUGUUGGCACUCUUCCUUUGACUCAAAAUCAAUACAACGGACUUAUAGUGCAGCACAUUAGAUUUGUACCACAAAACUUAGAAAAGCUGUAUCAAGCAAUUAUAUUCAAAUAAGGUUUUCAAGGAAAUGGGAUAAAAUGUCUAUACAUUAUUUUUGUCUUUUUGACCUACGGACCUCUGGUUUUUGUACCUGUUUCCUGAAGAUCCCGUUUUUACAUCUAACGCAACUCCACUAAUAGAAGGUGAAUCAAAUAUGAACUUGACUUUUUUUUGGUAAUUUUAUUAUACAAAUAAAAAUACAAGUUUAUUUACAUCUUAUUUUUCUACAAAAUCUCCUCUCUUAUUGAUGCAUUUUUCCCAUCGGAUCGGAAGUUUUUUAAUACCACAUCAAUGAAUGAAGCUGGUCGUGUCAGUAGCCAAUUGUGCACGGGCGCGAAGCCGACUGACUCCUCUCUUCCUGACAUCCCCAUCCAACAUAUAUCAAAACGUCGCCCAACUCCAUUCACCUAUGGCGCGUUAAACAGAAAAGUCCGGUUCAUAUUUGAUUCACCCUAUAUUUCGUACUGUGCUCCACUCUAGCACGGUGUUGGAAAUCCAUAUUUAAGCGUUACAACUAAUCCUCGCUAUGAUGCACCGGCGAUAUUUGUAUGUUUCUUUCCACCAUAGGUUUAUAUAACAUUCAUUUAAAUCAAUUCUGGUAGAAAUUAUUUCACAUUGCAAAAGUUAAUAUUUUCCUGGGAAAAUUAAUCUUCUGCCACUUGUACUGCCUUGUGCGAGUUUUUAAUUUGGCAAUAAUUUAUUAUUGGUAUGUGUGUUAGUAUACCGAAAACUUAGUAAAUGUUGCUUUCACUGUUUAGAACUCCCAAGUAUUUAUGAUAUGUAUUGGAAUAUUUUUUCUUUUUUCGAGUGUAUUUUUUAGUUUUGAUUUGUUUGCAGAUCUGGUAUUAUUUGUAGAUAUUUUCAGUAUUGAUAUUUGUAGCGAUUACCGACUGUGUCGGUAUUUUAUUUUUUAUUUUAAGUGGUUUUGGAAUCUCGAGUAUAUUUGAUAUUAAUAUGAUGCACAUUAUAGUAGAAUGAAUUUGGAUAUAACUGAAAAUGAAUGUUUCUGAUUUUGUUCUCUUGCUAUCACUGCCACACUUGCCACUUUCUAUGGAAACUAAAAUAAAUUCCAAAAAAUUGUUAUAUAACGAAACAACUUUUUAUCGUAAAACUCAUGAUUUUGAAUCCUUACAAACCACUUCAUAUUUGAUUUUAGUGAUUGCAGUUUUCAUGAUAUAGUUAUAAAACUUGAUAUUAGUAUUUGAAUUAGAUCGCUGGAACCUCAAAAUCUUGUAUAAAUUUCGAAAACUAUAAAUUUAACAUUUCCAUAUUUAGACAUUUAUAUAGAUCACCCUAUACUAACUCAAAUGUUGUAGAUUCUGAAUAAUGUGCAUCCAAAUCCUGCCUACAUGAUUAAAGAUUAUCUUAUAUUAACAUAAAAAAUAGUCAUUUGUAUAUAUAAGAUACAGUGUGUGAGUCCCAAAUCCACACAUGGCUUAUAAUGUAAAAAAUUACAGCCAUAACAUUAGUGAUAUAGAAUUCGUGAUGGAUUUUUUGUUUUUAAGUUAUUUAUGUAACCUUUGUUUCACAAGACAAAUAUAUCGCACCAAUUUUUAAUAUC